AUGGGAACGCGGCCGCAGCAAUCGCGUGUAGACGAGGAGGAUGAGGAACUGCUCGGCUGUGGAACUACGAUUUCGGGCCAAUCAGGCUCGACUAGCCGGAGUGCUGGGUUGGGGACUACCGCCGGUGAUAACGCUGCUCUCAAAUUAAACCAUCUUGACAUACAGGAUGAUGAUGCUGCAUCACAGGGAGCAGUUGCUAGCAAGAAGAAAAAGAGAGGCCAACGAGCUGUUGGAGGUGAUAAGAGUGGAAGAGGGCUUCGCCAAUUUAGUAUGAAAGUGUGUGAGAAGGUAGAAAGUAGAGGAAGAACAACUUACAAUGAGGUGGCAGAUGAACUUGUGGCUGAGUUUUCUGAUCCAAGCAAUAGUGUUUUGACCCCUGAUCAGCAACAAUAUGAUGAAAAAAACAUCCGUCGAAGGGUCUAUGAUGCUCUGAAUGUUCUCAUGGCUAUGGAUAUUAUAUCCAAGGAUAAAAAGGAAAUACAAUGGAAGGGUCUUCCUCGUACCAGUUUGAAUGAUAUUGAAGAACUAAAGACAGAGCGUCUUGGGCUCAGGAACAGGAUUGAAAGGAAAACAGCCUAUCUGCAGGAGCUUGAGGAGCAAUUUGUAGGUCUUCAAAAACUCAUUCAAAGAAAUGAGCAAUUAUGUAGCUCAGGAAAUCCUCCCAGUGGAGGUGUAUCUUUACCUUUUAUUCUCGUACAGACACGUCCUCAUGCAACUGUUGAAGUGGAAAUAUCAGAAGACAUGCAGCUUGUUCAUUUUGAUUUCAACAGUUCUCCUUUUGAGCUGCAUGACGACAAUUAUGUUCUCAAAGCAAUGAAUUUUUGCGAGAGUGAGAGACCGCAGAGUGACAAUGUCACACACAAUGUCAUGAAUGGAGGGGAAGGUUCUAGCAUGUCGGGCAUGUAUCAGUCACAGGUUCCUCCUUCAGUUUCAAACUUGUCAGUUAGGCCUCCCACAUCACCUCCACUCCCUGGAAUAUUAAAGGCGAGAGUUAAGCAAGAGCAUUGA